AUGGCGUCGGAACAAAGCCCGGAAGCCAAGGAGCUUGCUCUGGUCGGCAAGGUCGAGAUGCGCAUAGCCCUAGCAAGCUCAGAGAAGAAGCUGGAAGAAUUGCUCAACAUCUAUCUCACCCCUCUGCUCCUCAAGCUCGGUUCAGACAGCGUCGCUGUACGCAACAAGGUCAUCUCCAUCUGCCAACACAUCAACACUCGUAUCACGUCACAAGACAUCAAACUUCCAGUAGCCGCCCUCUUGAAGCAGUACAAGGAAAAUGCCGACAUCUCCCUCAUACGGCACUUCGACAUUCUCUACAUUCAACAGGGCAUAUCACGCCUCACAGUAGCCGAGCGACUAGACCUUCUUCCUGUCUUACUCAAAGGUAUCUCCAACGACUAUGAAAAGUCGCAGCAACACGCUUCUCAGUUGUUCCAUCUUAUCCUGCGUCUUCUGGUUCUUUUCAAACUUCCCCUGCGUGGCAGCAAAGAGGACGAUGAGCUCAGGGUGACUUUGGGUCUGUCGGACCAUGAUGCCGCUUUCCUUUCCAAAUGGUUCGGAAAGCUGAUUUUGCUGGGAAUUGUAAAAGAGACGGCGCCUCAGUCGUCAGCUUUGCAGCGCUGCCCAGGUCUCUCACCAGAUGACUACAAGUUCCUGACCCUGCAGGGCAAGCCAGAUGCUUGGGACCCUACUGCAGAUGCAGGCUUGAGCUUGACAGAAUCAAAGGCUUUGGUAGCACGCUUCGUGGCUAGUGGUCUUUUCAACCAAGAUGAAAAGUUUCUGCCCGCCCUCUUCGCAUCUGCUGAUACUAAUUCUCGAAUAUCAGAAGUCGGCGAAGACACUUUGAAACGCGUCAUGCUUUCCAAAGACCUUGAGCAAUCAGAAGCUGUCGAAGCUCUUCUCGGGCUUUAUUUCGGCUCCAGUACCGUACAUGGGUCGCUACCUGUCAAGACCCCUCUUCGGAUUAGGAUACUUAAUGUCCUAUCUAAGUCAGUCAGAUGCACAGCAUAUCCGCAGCAGAUAGCGAGGAUUGUUGAAGAAGGUCUUCUCUCACCUGAAUUAAAUGCAACCAACAAGGCAGCAGGUAGAGAGGCUUCCAAAUUUCGCUCUGCCAUCUUCUCGUUGGUCAACUUCGUCGCUCGCCAUGGCGCCUCAUCCAAUCUCUCUCAGGUUGCUCAAAGUCUCGUGGACAAUCUCAGGGCCUUCAUACAAGACCAAGGCUGGCCGACUCCGGAUCGUGAUCAAGACAUGGAGCUACGGGGUUACGGCUAUGUUACUAUCGGGCUAUUGGCGAAAGCUGCCCCUGAAAAGAUACUACUGGAACCAAAUCUUGACCUACUAGAAUUCUUAUUUCGGUCCCUACGCGAAGAUUCGGCUGGCAAAGAGGUAGCCGUCAGUAUAGAGGAAGCACUCUCCUCGGUACUGGGUGCCUUUUCCAAGCCGUUUGAUGCAUCGAUCAUGCAUAGGUUCAGACAGAUACUGCUCCGGUAUGCUACCGUAGACCAGCAUAACACGCCAGCAUCAGACCGUUUCACAAGAAGUACUCGCUACGUGGCGACAAGGUUCGCAAAUCGAUGCCUUCCAUAUGAAGAUGUGUUAGCUCGUUGGAUAGACAUUCUUGCCGUCAGUGGAGGCGCUGCUGAGCGACACGAAAUCGUUGAGGAAGGACGUCGUGGCCUCGACCCGUAUUGGUUCAAGAUGUCAAAUACGCCACCUGGUGAACGGGAUCAGAGCAAGUUGAUCUUUCCAGACUUUGACAAAUUAGUCAACUUCAUCAUCAUACAGCAAGCACAGGAUGAGGACGCCAUGGACAUUGACAAGUCAGAAGACGCUCUGCUCCAGGUACAAGACUUCUAUCAGCAAUACCCAGGGGCCUUGUCGACAGUUAUUAGCUUCUGUUCUAGCGUCGCCAUGCAGUCUGCUUUGGUUGACAAGGAUAUGGGUGAUGAUGCGCCCGAAAACUGGGAGAGAAAACUGGACACUCAAAUGACUACAGAUAUGCGUGCUCGUCAAGCAUUCCGUGCAUAUGCAGCAAAUGAGUCUCACGGUCGCUCUCUUGCGGUCAUACUACGAGCUAGUUUCGAUAGACUUACGCGAGACGAUGUUAGUGAUAUUGGCGACAUUGGUACUACCUUUGUCCGACUUCUGUCUCUACUCCCUCAGCGUUACUGGGUCUUAGCAAACGUGGUUCGGGACUUUCGGGCUUUGCAGCCAUCCAUAGUAUCCAAUAAUCCGGCACGACGUCUUGCUGCUGCUCACGCAUAUGGUUUACUGGCAUCGCAUAAGGAAAUCGACCAGAAUGCUCUCCAGAGCGCCCAAGUUGGCUUCUUCGACAAACUGCAACAUUGGGAGUCCGCAAUUGGUGCUGAUAUCAAUCAGAUUAGUGGUGUCAUUCUUGCAUUGGGCUAUUACCACAGCCGAGCAUUCUGGAGAGCCAGCGCCACGCCCGCAACAAUCGCCGACGAUCAUCCAAUCAACAAGCUGCUGCAUGCAGUAGUCGAAAUCAUGAAAAACUCACGAGACGCCACCCUAAAGAGUGCAGCCUUCUCAUGUAUAGAUCAGCUUAGUCUGUUCUAUGUGAUCACGCCCUUGUUGCUCUCCAAGCAUGGAAAAGCUGAAGCUGUCGUCCAACAAAUCUAUGACUCUGCCAAAUCAGGCACUACGAGUGCCAUACUGGCGCUAGGUCAUCUGUCGAUGAUCACUGAGGAAGACGAAUCUCAUUCUGAAGAGGCAUCCGACUACAAGACAAUUAGCGAUAAGCUUUACGAACUCCACGAGGUCCGUCAACCGGAAGUCCACUUCUCAGUUGGUGAGGCCCUAAGCUGUUUUGCAGCUGGCUGGGAAUCGAAGGCAUUGACUGCUGAGCUGGACAUUCUCCAUCCGGAUCAACCGCAAGAACCAUGGGAUGCACCUCUACAGGCGCCCCUCGGACCGAAGCGGGAGAAGACGCUCGGGAUAGUCAUGGAAAAAACGCUGAAAGGUUGUUUGCAGACAAAACCGUCUUUAAAGAAAGCUUCUGUAAUCUGGCUAUUGUGUCUCCUCCAAUACUGUGGUCACAAACCGGAUAUGCAAAGCUAUCUCAGUCAAUGUCAAAUAGCCUUCAAGAACUGUCUCUCUGACCGGGAUGAAGUCGUGCAGGAAGCAGCAUCACGUGGACUUGGCCUGGUAUACGAGAAGGGAGACCGCCAGCUCAAAGACGAUCUUGUCCGUGAUUUAGUGGGAUCCUUCUCCGACAACAAGUCUAAGAUGGCCGGCACGGUUACAGAUGACACGCAGCUCUUCGAGCCUGGCGCGUUACCGACUGGAGACGGCUCUAUCACAACAUACAAGGAUAUAUUGAACCUUGCAGCAGAGGUUGGAGAUUCGAGUCUGGUGUACCGCUUCAUGUCCAUGGCGUCCAACAACUCCAUCUGGUCUAGCCGAGCUGCGUUUGGAAGAUUCGGAUUGAGUAAUAUAUUCUCCGACUCCAGUGUUGAUGGAUACUUGGCUCAGAAUCCGAAGCUUUAUCCAAAGCUCUAUCGUUAUAGGUUCGAUCCAAAUCCCAAUGUGCAGCGCUCCAUGAAUGACAUCUGGAAUGCACUUGUCAAAGACUCUUCGGCCACAAUCGACAAGCACUUCGAUGCAAUCAUGGAUGAUCUACUCAUAAGUAUUCUGACAAAAGAAUGGCGCGUCCGUCAGGCUUCUUGUGCAGCCAUCGCCGACCUGGUGCAGGGACGCAGCAUUGACAAGUACGAGAAGUAUCCCGACGCCAUCUGGGGCAAGACAUUCAAGGUGCUUGACGACAUCAAAGAGACUGUUCGCGUUGCAGCUGCAUCUUUAGCCCGCGUCCUGACUGGAAUACUCACCCGGUCUCUUGAAGCUGGUGAUGCUUCAAACAAGUCCGCAACAAUUCAGCUUGAGCGUGUCAUACCCUUCCUGUUUUCACAGUCUGGUCUUGAGUCGUCAGCCGAGGAAGUCCGUCUCUUUUCUGUACACACGCUACUUCAGAUCGUCAAGAAAAGUAACGCGAACACGCUCAACCCACAUGUCCCUGAGCUCGUGGAGCGCUUACUUGGUCUACUCAGCAGUUUGGAGCCCGAAGCAGUCAACUAUGUACACCUCAACGCCAGCAAGUAUAAUCUUACCGAACAGAAGAUUGACGACAUGCGCCUCGCCAGUGUGCGCUCAUCGCCCCUGACUGAAUCUGUGGAACGCUGUCUGGAUCUCGCAGAUGAAGAGACCAUGUCUGCGCUUGUCCCACGUAUCGAGGCCGCGAUGAAGAACGCUGUCGGUCUACCAUCCAAGGUUGGCUGUUCGAGAAUCUUGGUUACAUUAGCCACGCGCCAUAGAUUUGUUUUCAAUCCCUAUGCCGACAGCUUCUUGAAGUUGGUCCAGAAGCAAAUCCAUGAUCGGAAUGAAACGGUCAGCUCAUCCUAUGCGGCGGCGGCAGGCUAUCUUGCGCGUCUAGCUUCUGACAAACAACUUCUUUCUACCUUCGCCUUUGUCAACAAGAUGUAUUUUGAGUCUGAGGAAAGUAGCGAUAGGAAUCGCCUUUUAGCGGCAGACAUUAUGCGAGCCAUGUCGCUUUACGCCACCGACCGCUUCACUUCUUUCCAAGCAGAAUUCUUGCCCUUCAUCUUCCUCGCCAAACAUGACUCGGAGGAACAAGUUCGGAAGAGCUUCACAGAAACAUGGGACGACCACGUCGCAGGCCCACGUACCGUUUCUCUCUAUCUCAAAGAAAUCAUCGUGCUCUCCGAAAGGCACCUGGAAAGUAGACAGUGGGCCAUUAAGCAUACAGCAGCGAAGACAGUCGCCGAUUGCGUGCUGCAAAUCACGAAUGCCGUAGGCAGUGAAAACAUCGACAUCGUCAACGCAAAGGUUGUUUGGCCUGUGUUAGACAAAGCACUUAGUGGCAAGAGCUGGGAGGGUAAAGAAGUCGUCCUCGAAGCGUUUGUGCGCUUUGUAGAACGUUCGGAAGCGUACUGGAAGAAUGGUGAGGACAAGGAUAUAGCGAAGCAGUUGGAAAAGGUAGCGAACAGGGAGAGUAAGAGACAAGAAGGCAAGAAUGAGAAGCUUGUCGCUAGUGUGUUGGAGAAGCUUAGAAGUCAUUUAGGCAUAUAG